AUGGAGGAGGAGGGGGUUAAGCCAAACAUGAAGACAAGGAGUCCUCGUGGAGGAGGAGGGGGUAUAGCCGAACAUGAAGACAAGAAGAGGGCAAUAGCAGGAAAUCAAUGUAUUUUAGGUACUCAUGGAGGAGAAGAUAUAGCCGGAAAUGAAGGCAAGGAGAGGGCAAUAGCCGGAAAUCAGUCAGAUGGAAGGGAGUGCUUUAAUUGUCAUGGAGCGACAAAUGUGACAUUGUGCCAGACGGUUAUAACUUGCGCACAAGAUGAGACGUGCUAUCAACGGCAAACAUCUGGACUUAAUGGACUUGACAUUGAAAUGGGAUGCCAGGCAGAAACCAUGUGUUCGGAUACUUCAAGUUUGAACCAUGGUUCAGCCGGUAUUGUAGGUCGCUCUGUAAACACUAGGACUUCAGAGUCUUGCCAUGAAUGUUGCUCAACUGACAGAUGCAAUAGUGGCCUCUGCAGCCAUCGACAUCCUUCGGACUGUAUCGAUGAUCCAACUGUUGACUGUGCAAGAAUGAACUCGCUAUUCAACAUGUGCUCCACAAGCGCGGAGCACGCUGCUCAAGUGUGCCCACGAUUCUGCAGACUCUGCAAUUAUACAAACGGUAACUGGGCGGAGUGGUCAAGUUGGAGUGCUUGCUCUAUAACCUGUGGAAACUUCAGUCAAUCACGUACUCGAACCUGUACCAAUCCAUCCCCGUCACCUGAUGGGCGACCGUGUCUUGGGGAAUCGGUUCAACAUCAGUUGUGCAUUUUCAAACCUUGUCCUGUUGAUGGAGGAUGGAGCGCUUGGGGUGCGUGGGGAACGUGUUCAGCCACUUGUGGCGUUGGGAUAAAACACAGGGACCGGACCUGCUCUAAUCCUACACCAUCAAGAUUUGGAAACCACUGUUUCGGGGAGUCAAGAGAUGACAAGAUCUGCGUUCUCAUGUCAUGCACUGACGGAGCAUGGUCAACAUGGAGAAGUUGGUCAACAUGCAGCGCUUCCUGUGGUGGAGGAGUCCAACGUCGUCAUCGUUAUUGCAAUAAUCCAGCUCCAUCUGUGAUGGGACAUAAUUGUGCCGGCACGGAUGAGCAGACCAACAUUUGCAACAGCUUCAACUGCUACGCAAAAGAUGGAAAAAUACGUCUCUCUGGAAAUUCAAGUGCAUCAUAUUACAAAGGUCGUGUGGAGAUCUUUCUCAACAACCGCUGGGGAACAGUAUGUGAUGACAGCUUCGACAACGAAGAUGCUAUGGUUGUUUGUCAUAUGCUUGGAUUUAAAAGGUCCGGGGCAGUCGCAAAAUCAAGUGCGUAUUUUGGUGAAGGAUCAUCAAGUUUACCAAUUCAACUCGAUGACGUCAGUUGUUCCGGAACCGAACAGAGUAUUGUUGACUGUACCCACUCAGCUAUUGGUACACAUAACUGCGGGCACGGCGAGGACGCCAGUGUGAUCUGUCAGCUCCGAGCAUCAGCCUUACAGGGGAAGACACAGUUGAAGCCAAGCAUCAGCCUUAUUCCGAUAGACACAAUUGAAGCCGAGCGUCCACCUUACAGGGGUAGGCACAACUGGAACCGAGCAUCAACCUUACUGCGGCAGAGUAAAGUGAAGCCGAGCAUCGUCCUUACUGCGGCAGAGCAAACUGAAGCCGAGCAUCGGCCUUACUGCGGCAGAACAAACUGA